AUAUUUUACAACCGCGUCUGCGCGCGCGGUUUCGCGCGAUAUGUUCGCGCGAUUUUUUCAAUCUAAUCUCUGCGACGCUAAUCUGCUAAUUAAUUGCCAACCGUUAUCGCGCCUGUGUCGCUUCGAAGAGCGCGAAUCCGCGCGAAUCUCGAUGCAUCCGACGAUGCAUUUUGCGUCGCAAUUUCGCGCUAAAAUCGCGAUUCGGAUAUCAACGUUACAUUUCGCAGAGCGGCUCGCGAGCCGUCGUACGUUUUUAUUGUUGCAGAUUGUAUCACGUCGCAACGGCCCGGUAAUGAUUCCGACGCUGGCGAGCCGCAAAUCGCUCACGUCGCACGACGCAAUUUCAUUUUUGCCGCAUCGUAUUUUUUCCACGGUCGAUAGAGAAGAGUCUGCUCAUCGGAGUGCAAACGGGUUAAACGAUUCUGCUACAGAUGUCUCCAUUGACGAGAUAACGAACGCGAAAUUACGAGCGCAUUCGCUUACACCCGUAUAUCCCGCAUAUAUCCUGAGACCUGUUUUUAAGCCUGUGACUUCAUCCGUCCAAACAGAGAGGUGUACGCCAAUUUACGCGAUACAAGAUGUGACCCUGGUUGAGAUCGGUUAAGCGAACGCUUUAUGCGCUAAUUCGGAUUACGAAGAUCCUCGCUAAUCUGUUCCAUUAAGCUCCGGUCACAUCAAGGCAUCCUUACACGAAACUUUGAGUGAAAAACUCACCCUUGAAAGUUGAAGUGCAGAAUCUCAAGUACAUUCGAGUUAUUCUUACUUCGAACCGGUUUUUAUUGACUGCUCGAUAUCUCCUUAACCUUGCGGAUCCUUGAUGUAAAAAAGAAGUAAGAAGCUGAAUUUAAUUUAAGUACUUAAUGCAAUACUUGUUAUAAAUGAGCACGUGAUUUACAUAUUUUUCUUUGUCACGACGCAACAUACGAACACAGAAAAAACAUUUUGUACUUGUGUUAA